GGCUGCAUGUCCCUGGACCCUGGCAGGGAACGGGCUGUUGAGGAAGAAGACGCUGGUCCCAGGGCCGCCAGGUUCGAGCCGCCCAGUCAAGGGCCAGGUGGUCACCGUACAUCUACAGACGUCGCUGGAGAAUGGCACACGGGUGCAGGAGGAGCCGGAGCUGGUGUUCACUCUGGGUGACUGUGACGUCAUCCAGGCCUUGGAUCUCAGUGUCCCACUCAUGGACGUCGGGGAGACGGCCAUGGUCACUGCUGACUCCAAGUACUGCUACGGCCCCCAAGGCAGCAGGAGCCCAUACAUCCCCCCGCAUGCGGCCCUGUGCCUGGAGGUGACCCUGAAGACAGCCGUGGAUGGGCCUGACCUGGAGAUGCUCACGGGGCAGGAGCGCGUGGCCCUGGCCAACCGAAAGCGGGAGUGCGGCAAUGCCCACUACCAGCGGGCGGACUUCGUCCUGGCUGCCAACUCCUACGACCUCGCCAUCAAGGCCAUCACCUCCAGCGCCAAAGUGGACAUGACGUUCGAGGAGGAGGCACAGCUCCUGCAGUUGAAGGUGAAGUGUCUGAACAACCUGGCGGCCUCGCAGCUGAAGCUCGACCACUACCGCGCGGCGCUGCGCUCCUGCAGCCUUGUGCUGGAGCACCAGCCAGACAACAUCAAGGCUCUCUUCCGCAAGGGCAAGGUGCUGGCCCAGCAGGGGGAGUACAGUGAGGCCAUCCCCAUCCUGAGGGCGGCCCUGAAGCUGGAACCUUCCAACAAGACGAUCCACGCAGAACUCUCGAAGCUGGUGAAGAAGCAUGCAGCACAGCGGAGCACAGAGACCGCCUUGUACCGGAAAAUGCUGGGCAACCCCAGCCGGCUGCCUGCCAAGUGCCCUGGCAAGGGUGCCUGGUCCAUCCCAUGGAAGUGGCUCUUUGGGGCGACUGCUGUUGCCUUGGGGGGUGUGGCACUCUCUGUGGUCAUCGCUGCCAGGAACUGACCGCCCAGGUGGCCGCCACUCCCUCUGCACACCAUGGACCCUGCCCUGCGCUCCCCAACUCCCCCAGGCUCCCUGUCCACUGCCCUCCCUGGUCUAGCCCCCUCCUCCGGGUUAGGGGAGCAAGGAUUGGGGGUCGUGCAGCCCAGCCAGCAGGAGGGACUAAGGCCCUCUAGGAGGAAAGCCCAGAGGGAGGGGCCCUCAUUCCUUCAGACCCAGUUUUCCCCCACCCUCCUUACUCUGCUGGGCUAGGUCUCUGCCAGGGCCGGCCUCGGUUUCUCCUCAACAGGCCUGGGAGCAGCCCUUACCCUGCCUAGUCCCUGCCUGAGUGCCAGCCCCCCCGCCCCGCCUGCCGCCCCCUGUCCAGGCUCCCUCCCCGCCACAGUGAAAUAAAGCCUCCCAUCCUGCAGUUUC